AUGGCUCAACUCGGCAACAUCGGACACGAUGCCAAGGUGGAUAUGGUAAAACUUCGCGGUCAAUGUAAAAACUACGGGGGCAGUCAUCCAUACAAGCCGAGAGAUGGAUGCCCAGCAUACGGCACUACAUGCAGAAAAUGUGGUAAAACUGGACAUUGGCAACAGGUAUGCCUCAGCUCUGCUGGCAAAGGACAAAGCCAACAACAGCCACGCAAACCACGACCCAGAUCGGAUAGUCGACCUCGCGGAUCGUACAGGAGAAGCAACACUCCGAAACCUAAUAAACGUCAAAGUGAGGUUCACUAUGUCCAGCAACAGGACAUGGAUGAUGCAUCCAAUGACUUUGAGAACAUGAGCUUUGAGACAGUCACAAUCACGCAACAUAUCGACGGUAUAAACAAUACCAACAACAAUCGCGAUCAAGUGUUCACGACGCUCAACAUCAAGCUCAAACAACGGCCAGGCAAUCACACGCUCACAGCAAAAGUUGACACGGGUGCACAGGGAAAUAUUAUCCCCCUCCGAUUAUUUCGCCGCAUGUUUCCCACAUUGUUGGACGCAGAAGGAUUUCCAAAACUUGGCGCUACAACCCCAGUAAAGGGAAUUCUCACAGCUUACAAUGGCACACAAAUACCGCAGCAUGGCAGUAUAACAGUUCCAUGCAAAUUCAACAGUGGUGAGUGGAUAGACGCAGAGUUCUUCAUUGCUGACGCAACAGGACCCGCAUUUAUUGGACUGCCAAGUUCACGCGCACUCAAACUCCUCACGAUGAAUUGUGCCAUACGUACACCCGCAACGCCAACGCCAACGCCUAAAAUCGCAAACUUGGGGCCCAUACGCAACAAGAAGGACCUCAAAGCCCAAUAUCCGGAUCGAUUUACCGGUAUUGGCAAGUUUCCUGGUCAAUUUCACAUUACGCCAACGCUCGAGGAGAUUACCCACAAGUUCAGUGGUGCACGGGUCUUCAGCAAACUUGACGCACGUCACGGGUACUGGUCCAUCGAGUUGGAUUCAGCGUCCAGUUACCUGACCACGUUCAAUUCGCCUUUCGGACGCUAUCGCUUCAAACGACUACCAUUUGGACUCAAGGUUUCGCAAGAUAUUUUCCAAGAGAAAAUGGACAUGAUAUUGGAGCAAUGCCCCGGUACCAUCGGCAUAGCCGACGACGUUGCAGUGUUUGGGCAUGAUAUGGAGGAACACAACAAAAACCAUCAUAACCUCAUGCACAUAGCUCGCAAAUACGGUCGGAUCUUCAACUUGGACAAGUGUGAUAAUUAUUAA